UCCAUAAAAAUCACCCAAAUUGUUAAAUCUAUCAUAUCAUUGUUGGAACUUGGAAGCAUAGCGCUGCAUCUUGAACUUGGGGGGCUUUUUUAUUUUUCUGAUGCCAGCCAGAAUCUCAGCAGUAGAUAAUAGAAUCUUGUACUAUCUCAUCAUUCAGAAUCUUUAAGCCCUUACAAUAUAUAUAGAACAAGAAGAAUCAUUUGAGGAGGGCAAAUUAAGAUGUUGGAAGGAAAAGCUAUGGUGAAAGAAACUGACAUGCCGCUGAAGAUGCAAAUCCAAGCUAUGGCCUCUGCUUCUCAGGCCCUUGAUCUCUAUGAUGUUUCUGAUUGCAUCUCUAUUGCAGCAUAUAUCAAGAAGGAAUUUGACACGGUGUAUGGGAGUGGGUGGCAAUGUGUGGUGGGAUCCAAUUUUGGGUGCUAUUUUACUCAUUCACCAGGAACUUUCAUCUAUUUUGCUCUGGAAACACUUAAUUUUCUUAUUUAUAAGGGUAACUCUUCUUGAUUUAUGUACAAUCUGAGACAGGAAGGAAACAGGGUUAUCAGAGAAGCAUCUACAAUAUCAAGGAACUGAUUUUAUGCCCUUGGAGUGAUUUUCUUCCAUGUAUAAGCAGAUUAUAUUAGUUGUUGCAUUGCAGCAUGGAAGAGCUAUGUAUAGUUGUUGCUCUAUCAAAUGUAGCUUUUCUGAUACGAAAGUGGGCCAAGGACUAUUCAGUGAAUGUGUACGUAGUACUGUCACGUGCUGAGUAGAGUAGGAAGUAGCUUUUGUAAAUAGGAAAGUGAAUAAGGCUUGUUUUGUAAAUAAGAAAGAGAAGAGAGCUGUUAUUAGCGAGAUUUACGGGUGAAGUAACUCUAUACAUAAGUAAAUGUAAACUCAGUUUAAUUACCAAACAUGCAAAAUACGGAAUCGGUCUUUGUUCAUUUCGUUUUCGUUCUUUCUCUUCCGAUAGGAUUUGCGUUCCUAACAUUAUCGACUCUAGAUUCUCCUAUAUGAAAGUG